AUGCGAUUCAGCGUGACAGCUACGACCGCCGUCAUCGCCUGCUUUUGUAUGGCGACAGCAUACGUGGGCGUGCUGUACACACUGCCGCAGGAAAUCCGGCGCCUUCCCCGUGACCAUCCCACGCACAUUUUAGCGCGCUUCCUGCUCAUCUGCAUCUUUUGCGGCAUCUGUCCAUUUGUAUUGGCAGUCUUUUACGAUCAUGAUGAAGCCAGCAUGUCGUUCGCUCAAUGGCUUGGCAUCCGGUCGGAAGGUCUGCUGCAGGCGAUCACUGUCCCACUGUUUGCAACAGCGGUGCUGUUCACAGGUUCGCUGCUGGCCAAUGCGCUGCGUCUGCUAAACGUGUCGAAGCACUUCCACUUUAAUGGCUGGUGGUUUGCAAUCAAAAAUUCGGCGCUGUACUAUUCCAUCACGCAUGAUCGACUACCGUCACUGCGCACUUACGUGCUGGGUCCCUUGACAGAAGAGUUUGUGUUUCGAAGCUGCAUGGUUCCGCUGCUUGUGUGUGCGGAUUUCACGGUCAAGCAGAUUGUUUUGGGUAGUCCGGUGAUGUUCGGAGUAGCCCACUUGCACCAUUUUAUGGAGUAUGUGCGACGUGGUCGGUCUCCCAAGGAUGCAGCGUUGACCGUUGGCUUCCAGCUCGUUUACACCUCUCUGUUUGGAGCGUAUGCUACAUUCAUUUUCUUGAGAACAGGUCACUUCGCAUCUACUUUCCUCGUGCACGUGUUUUGCAACGUCAUGGGCUUCCCGGACCUCUCCUUUUUCAAUCCGGAAAACUCAUUGCACCCUUAUCGAUUCGUACUUCUUGGAGCCUACUUUUUCGGCAUUUAUGGCUUCUCACUUGUCGUAAUGCCGUUGUCGGAACCAGCAAUCUAUUCUUCGGAACUGUGGAACGUUACGGCGUCUGCAAUAGACCACGGAGUUGUGUUCAGAUACUCGGGCACUCUCUAA